UAUGUAAGUCCCGCAACCAAUAGUAAUAUUUAGCUCCUCUCAGUCGGUGUAUCGACCGUGGUGGCUGCGUAUCUUCUCGUUAAAAUCGAAGGUAGGUGCAACUCACUUGACUUUAAAAGAAAGCGCAGUAGCGAUUAACUUCAAAUUGAAUCAUGCAUGCUUCUGUCGUUCUUGUGUAUUUUGUGGUUGCUGUUACUGUUGUAAGUUGUAUUGCACAGAACAGAAGAUGGUGGAACUUUCCGAGGCCCAAACUGAACCUCCAAACCGUACACUGUGAUAUAGUUGAACAAUCUGGUCUAUGCCGAUGUUGCCCCAGCAAUCCAUGUGAUUAUGUAAAAUGCUUGAAUGGUGGACAAUGUGUAGGAGACGGUGUUUGCGAAUGUGUAUGUGGUUUCAAUGGACCAACGUGCAACAUAAGUCCAUGUGAUAAUGUAGAAUGCUUGAAUGGUGGACAAUGUGUAGGUGAAGGUGUUUGUAAUUGUAUAUCUGGUUUCAGUGGACCAACGUGUAACAUAAGUCCAUGUGAUAAUGUAGAAUGCUUGAAUGGUGGACAAUGUGUAGGUGAAGGUGUUUGUAAUUGUAUAUCUGGUUUUGGUGGAGCUAAUUGUGACAUGAGGGUCUGUAACGGGACAGAGUGUUAUAACGACGAUAGACAAGGAAUAUGUAUACUACCAAGAUGUAUCGCCAAUGUCACUGACUGUGGAGGUAAUAUAUGUGAUACAAAUAAUGACGAAGUCUGUGUUGGUGAUACUUGUGUUAUUGACAAAAGUCAAAAUUGUGGUAAAAUAUUAGAUCACGUACGUAUUGAUUGUGGCGCUUUGGGUGAUCCAUGUGGGGAGGGUAAAUUCUGUCCAAGUGGUUCUACUAAAUGUUUAAAUGACACGUGUCGUGUUGUGAUGACGUGUGGUGGACAGCCAUAUGGUAACACUUGCUCCAUAUUUGGUUCUACUGGCACUUGUUCAGAUGGCGUUUGUCUCGUACCAUGUGUUGAAGACAUAGAGUGUUUUGGUAGACCCUGCAUUGGUGGAUACUGUGCAUAUGUUAAAUGUGGAGAAUCAUUUUGUCAGGUGUAGUCAAGCUAGUUUAUGUUAUACUAUACCAAUGAACAGUGAACAACACUCUUUACCAUACUAAUAUAAUAGUAAAAUAUAUUGUAAUAAUUUAACCAUUUCUUUCAAAUAAUCGAAGCUAACAAUAUGUUCACCUUCACCAAGAAUUACAAUAUAUUCAUUCAAAGCAACUACAAUAUAUUAAAAUGUAACCUAGAUU